AUGCCUCGUCGCAGUUCUAACAAGAGUUCAAGUCCAGUUCAAAGACGCCAAAGUGCUCGUAUUGCCGCUGCCAGCGCUAGUAGAUCCCCUUCUUCUACUUCCCCAUCUACUAAGAGAACUAGAAGGUCGUCCAAGCGCGAUUCAUCCGCCAAAUCCGACGCUAGCUUUGGUAGCGCGGACCACAACGGUAACGAAAGCAGCCCCAAGCAAAGCAUUGUUUUGGAAGAGCCACCAGAAAAGAAGUCUCGGGUUGAAGAAACAAAUGAUACUGUGGAAAAGGAUCCCGAGCCAGUUAAGGAAGAUACACCAAAGCAAGAGACUGUCACUGACACAGACGCAUCGAACGCUGAACAUGAUGUCGCCAAAGAUGCGGGAUUUGAAGUAGUGGAUAAGGCAAGCACUCCUUCUGCAGAUAGUGAAGAAGUCAAAAAAGCGAUUGAAGCUCAAGGUGAGGAUGGGCAACUGCUAGUAAAUUAUGUUCAAGUAGUUAAAGAGGAUGUCCCGGCUGUCGUUCCAGAGGUAGCUUCUUCAGCUCUUGAUGAGAAUCAAAAUCAGCAACCUACUAACGGGACAGAUAAGGGUGAUGAUGCUCCCGCAGAGCCUACUAGUGAGAAACACUCUGCUGAACAGCCCAAGGAAGAAGUCCUUGAUGUAGAGGAGGCUUCUCAUUAA